GGAGAGUUGAAGGGUCGGAGGUUGAGUGGAGGGAGCCGGCGCCGCUCAUUUGUCUGUUCAGUGAAUCUACGGAAAGCGCGGGGAGAAAGUCACCAGAGAGAACUUCUUCUUCUUCCCAAGCCCAGAGCCACUGAUGUUCCGUGUGAGCAGAGGGACGGCCACGGAGUAGCCACGUGGACCCAUUGGGUGAUGGGGGGCAGGUGACAGUUGCUGAGGAUGCCCCUGAUUGACAAGCUGCGUGAGAGGAUAUCACGAGCCUUCUACAGCCACGGGCUGCUCUGUGCCUCCUACCCUAUCCCCAUCAUCAUCCUCACUGCUCUCUGCAUUCUGGCCUCCUGUUACCCCCUGCUAAAGCUUCCGCUGCCUGGGACUGGCCCAGUUGAGUACGUCACCUCAGUGAAAGAUUAUUCACCUCCACCUUUAGAGCCGAACCCAGAGGACCACAGUGACCAACCUGAUUGGUACGUGGGGCUGCCCGUGGCCUACAUACAGCAGGUGUUGGUUAAAGCUGUCGUAUCUCCGUGGGACAAGGACUUCCUGGCUGUGGAUGUUUUCCGGUCUCCACUGUCUCGUGUCUUUCCAUUGGUGGAAGAGAUCAGGAACCACGUGCUUAGAGACAAAUCCCAGGAGAAGAGUCUAGAAGAUGUGUGUCUCCAGGUGACAGACCUGCUGCCUGGCCUGAAGAAGUUCCGUGACAAGUUACCUGAACAUGGCUGCCUACUACUUUCUCCAGCCAACUUCUGGCAGAACAGCCAAGAACAGUUCAGCAGUGACCCAGACCUUAUCAGAACCAUCCAUCAGCAUGAGCCCAAGACCUUACAGACCUCUGCUACUCUCAAAGACUUGCUUUUUGGAGUCCCAGGAAAGCAGAGCGGAGUCAGUUUGUACAACCUCAAGAGGAUUGUAUCCUACACCGUCACCAUCGCUCUUCGCAGAUACAAUGCCACCUUCCUGGACAGUUUAAGGUCCCGACUCAAGCGGCAACACCCCAGCACCAACUCCAGCGCAGCCAGUCAGCACAUUGUACAUGUACAUUUUAAGGAAGAAAUUGGUAUAGCCGAGCUCAUUCCUCUUGUCACUACCUACAUCAUCCUCUUCGCUUACAUCUACUUUUCCACCAGGAAGAUAGACCUGGUGAAAUCUAAAUGGGGGUUGGCACUGGCUGCAGUAGUAACGGUUCUGAGCUCCCUGCUGAUGUCUGUCGGGUUGUGCACUCUCUUUGGACUGACACCAACUCUCAACGGCGGGGAGAUUUUCCCAUACUUGGUCGUAGUCAUUGGUUUAGAAAAUGUUUUGGUUCUGACUAAAUCUGUCGUAUCGACUCCUGUUGACCUGGAGGUGAAGCUCAGAAUAGCUCAAGGACUCAGUAAUGAGAGCUGGUUCAUAAUGAAGAACAUGGCUACUGAGCUGGGCAUCAUUCUGAUUGGUUACUUCACCCUGGUACCUGCUAUACAGGAGUUCUGUCUGUUUGCUGUAGUUGGGCUGGUGUCCGACUUCUUCUUACAGAUGUUUUUCUUCACCACUGUGCUGUCCAUUGAUAUCCGCAGAAUGGAGUUGGCUGAUCUGAACAAACGGAUACCAGCAGAAGCCUGCAUACCUCCCCCUAAGCCUGGGGCUAAAAGAUACGAUCGCCAGCCAACCCUGCGUCCUGCCACCCCUCAUACCAUCACCCUCCAGUCUUUGCGAAAUCUGCGCCUCCCCAAGAGACUGCGCCUGGUGUACUUCUUUGCCAGAACCCGACUUGCGCAGAGAAUCAUCAUGGCUGGGACGGUGGUCUGGAUUGGGAUCCUUGUAUACACUGACCCCGCUGGGCUGCGGAAUUACUUAACAGUUCAUGUGACCGAGCAGAGCCCCCUGGGAGGAGCAGUCAUACCUCCUAUUCCUGUACCAGUGCUGUCGGCAUCCAACCCACACGGCCCCCUCUCAGCUGUCUUCCCUACAGGCUCCUCCCAGCUGCUGGAAAACCAAUCGCAAAGAGACAGCAAGGAGGUGAUUGACUCGCUGAGCUCCAGGAUUUGGGAAGAGAGUCAGCCUGAAGACAAGAGCAAAGAGAGAGCUGCUGAAAUAGAGGACAAAGCUCACACGCAGGUCACCUGGGGAUCUGAAGAUGAGGAGACUUGGAGGAAGCUCUCAUUCAGACAUUGGCCGACCCUCUUCAGUUACUAUAAUAUCACGCUGGCCAAAAAGUACAUCAGCAUCCUGCCCAUGAUUCCCGUCACACUGUACCUGACACCACAGGAGGUGUCUGAUGCGCGGCACCCGCAGGAGGCUCAACACUCGCACCCCUAUCUGCAGCGGGAAGGGAAGCCAGACGAAGCCUGGGCUCGAGUCGAGGCCAAAGGGGCUGAGCAGCCCACCGAAAAUCAGACGCCAGCAGAUGUCACCUUGUACAAGGUCGCUGCAUUAGGUCUGGCCUCUGGAAUUUUCCUGGUCCUGUUUUUCUUCCUUCUUUAUCGGCUCCUGUGCCCUAAGAAUUACGGACAGAAUGGAGUGUCCCACGGCCGCAGGAAAAAGGGGGAUCUGCCAUGUGACGACUACGGUUAUUCUCCUCCUGAGACUGAGAUUGUGCCCCUUGUGCUGAGAGGGCACCAUAUGGACAUUGAGUGUCUGGCCAGUGAUAAGAUGCUGCUGGUGAGCUGCUGCUUGGCUGGACAGAUCCGCGUGUGGGACGCUCAAAGUGGAGACUGUCUAACAAUCAUACCCAAACCCAGUUUGCGCAGGGAGAGCAGUGGGGUGUUUGAGUAUCAGGAUAACUGGGAGCCGACCCCCGAGUGCAAGUACAACCCUGAGGAGUCUCUGGAAAAUGGUUACCAGCUAAAGAGAAGAACACUGCACCCUCCUCUCUUCUCUGACCAACCAGAUUUAACCAGUCUGAUUGAUACUAACUUCUCUGAGCAACCUGCGAACGAGGAGUCUGGGGCCAGGCAGCGGCUGAACUGCAUCAAACAGGAAUCUCCUCCCAUAGGUUAUGACUUUAGCAGCCUGGUACAGAAGGUGUAUGAGGAGCAUGAAGUCUCCAGCUUUGGCAGCUUCCCUCUUGUCCUCCCUCCAGCCCCUUACGGACAGUGCCAACUGUCAUCAGGGAGGCGGAGCCAAACGCCCGCGGGCUGCGUGGAUGGCAGUUGUGCCCGAAGGAAAAGCUCCACAGAAGAGACUACUGGUUAUUGUAAUGGGUCCUCCUCACCCGCCCCAAGCUGGACUGAUUCUUUUGAGAGCUCAGUUUGGAGCCUAGGCCUUCAGGGAAACUUGAUAGUAGUUGGGAGGAGUAAUGGUAACUUAGAAGUCUGGGACGCCAUUGAAGGAAGUCUCCGCUGCAGUAACUGCGAUGGGCAGAGUGGCAUCACAUCUCUGGUGUUCCUCAAUCACAGGGUUGUGGUAGCGAGGCUCAAUGGCUCCAUGGAUUUUUAUUGUCUAGAUUCCCAAAAAUCCACCAACCAGCUGCAAUUUAGAGGUGCCGCAAACAGAAGCAAUGUCCCCAGCUCCCCACUGUACAGUACUGAUGAUGUCAUUGGCUGCCAGCGGACCCAUACAGUGGCCUGUGCCCACCGGAAGCCAAUCACUGCCCUGAAAGCAGCAGCAGGCCGGCUAGUGACAGGGAGCCAGGACCACACAGUGAGAAUAUACCGCCUGGAGGAUGCCUGUUGCCUCUUCACUCUUCAGGGACACUCGGGUGGAAUCACGGCCAUUUAUAUCGAUGAGACGAUGGUUCUGGCCAGCGGGGGGCAGGAUGGAGCAAUCUGCCUGUGGGAUGUAUUGACAGGAAGCCGGGUCAGUCACAUGUUCGGGCACCGUGGUGAUGUCACGUCUUUGCUUUGCACUGCUUCCUGUGUAAUCAGCAGUGGGCUGGAUGAUGUCAUCAGCAUAUGGGACAGGAGCACAGCGAUUAAACUCUACUCCAUCCAGCAGGAUUUGGGCUGUGGUUCCAGCUUGGGGCUCAUCUCAGACAACCUCCUCGUUACAGGAGGACUGGGCUGUGUGUCUUUCUGGGACGUUGGUUAUGGGGACCUCUUGCAGACGGUUUAUCUGGGGAAGUGUGAGGAUUCGCAGCCGGCGCGUCACAUUCUAGUGUUGGACAAUUCGGCUAUAGUGUGUGACUUUGGCAGUGAGCUGAGCCUGGUCUACGUCCCCUCUGUGCUGGAGAAGCUCGACUGAGACCUGUGGACUGGGACCUACAGCUCACGCUUUAACCCUUGCCUGCCCUUGCAGCGGGGCAGUUACUGUUAGUUGCCUAUAAUAUAUUCCAAUGGAAUUCUACAGUAUACCUGGUACAGCCCCAACCUGACGGGUUGGUACUGUACCACGGGAAACGCACGACCAAAAGAUUCGUAAUGGAUCAGUAGCACUUCAUUGUCAUCCGUGGAUUUCGGCAUGAUCUAUGCCCUGGAGGGAACGUAUUCUGUUAUUAGGGUUGUCCAGUCUCAAGCCAGUCAAAUGUGAUUGAACAGCUGUUGAGGGGAUUCUGGGAGUUGUAGUUUAGGUGGGACGGCCCUAUGCUUUAUUGAUACCAUUAUGGGUGUGGCCAGGAGCUGUACAGGCAGUUUAGGGUGAAGAGGGUGUUGUUACAGCACAGGCAGUGGGGCCCUUCCUUGCAGGUGGAGCACAGGGUGUCUGACUCCAUUCACAUUCCCAUUAGGGAAUAAAAAAACACUACACAAUGUUUCCAUCCCACCCCAAUAUUCUGCGCGCAGGACUCCCCGGUAUUCUGCGUGGCCAACCAUGUAAAUGUCCUACAAUAUUGGGAACAAGUGAAUGUGUCACAUGGUACAACUUAUGGCUCCACCCACUUAUGAAUGUGUCACAUGGUACAACUAUAUAAAGGCAACGAGGAACAUCUCAUAUAAAUUAUUUGUUCCCCCCCCAUCAUAUAAUGUUUGUGUCACAUGGUAUGGGAUGAAUAAAAGAAAGAAUCAGCCCUCGUAAAUAGAGUUUGUCGGCACUCAUUUGGUUAUGGGAGGGACAGUGCCAGCUGGGAGGGGCUUAAGCCUAAGGCCACUCCUUCCCCUGGGUGGAACAGAGUCAGUCACGUGACAUGAAAGCAAACAGCCUGCUCUGUUGACUCGGAUGUGUCACGUUAUAUGAAAUAAUAUUUUUGGUAAAGGUUAUAAUUUAUUUUGAUGUAGAUCUUAUUCUUUAUAGAGCUUGAAACGGUUAAUUGUACAUUUGUGCUCUUGGUUUCUGUCUGUUUUGUUUUUUUGGAUUUUUUUUUUAUCUCUUCUCUUUUCUUACAUAAAAGAAUUCUACCUGAUAAUCCA